AUGAUUGCAGAUAUCACCCGCAAUGUUGCCGGCGAUCAUGCGGAUGUCAUUGGUCUCAUGGGACCCGGCGUAGAUCCACACCUUUACAAGCCAACGCGUUCGGAUGUACAGGAGCUCAUGUCCGCUGAUGUCAUUUUCUACAACGGCUUAUUACUCGAAGGAAAGAUGACGGACUCUUUGGUUCGUGCUGCAACGAGCGGGAAGAAGGUACAUGCGGUCACAGAACUUCUGGAACAAUCGUACUUGCUGGAGCCGGACGAGUUUGAGGGUCACUUUGACCCCCAUGUCUGGAUGGACCCGUCAGCAUGGAUGAAAGCAGUAGGAGUGGUGAAGAGCAAACUCAUCGAGUUUGAUCCUCAGCAUACUGACGAAUACGAAAGCAAUACAGAUGCCUAUCUCCGCCAACUGGAAUCACUCGAUCAAUACGCAGAAGAAGUUUUGGGAAGCGUGUCCCAGCAGCAGCGUGUACUUGUCACGGCACAUGAUGCGUUCAACUACUUCGGACAGCGUUACGGAUUUGAAGUCGUGGGGAUUCAAGGGAUAUCCACGGAAUCUGAAGCGGGAGUGCGUGAUAUCGAACGAUUGGUGAAUCUUCUUGUUGAUCGUGAGAUUUCUGCCGUCUUUGUGGAAUCCACAGUUUCAGAUAGAAACAUCAAUGCUUUGAUCGCUGGAGCGAAAGCACGCGGGCACGAGGUGAUGAUUGGCGGCGAACUCUUCUCGGACGCGAUGGGUGACCAAGGGACCUAUGAAGGAACCUACAUCGGGAUGAUCGACCACAAUGUCACAACCAUCGCGCGAGCUCUUGGUGGACAAGCACCAGAGCGUGGACUCGCCACUCGUCCAGAGCACUCUGCGAACAGUCCGCUCUCGAUCCACGCGAUGACCGUCGCGUACCACCGCAAGCCCGUCCUCUGGGAUGUCGAUUACGAUGCUCCCCCAAACAAACUCAUCGCGAUCAUUGGACCCAACGGCGCUGGAAAGAGCACGCUGAUCAAAUCCUGUCUCGGAUUGAUCCCGAGAGCUUCGGGACAGGUCGAGUUCUGGGGACUGUCGUACAAACAAGCACGAUCAAGAGUUGGCUAUGUCCCUCAGCGUGAGAGUGUGGAUUGGGACUUUCCAGUCUCAGCGCUCGAUGUUGUGUGCAUGGGGCGUUACAGAAUGAUCGGAUGGUGCAAACCAGUAUCCAAAAAGCAGAAGGAAGCCGCGCUCAGUUGCUUGGAUCAAGUCGGGAUGCGCGACUUUGCGAAUCGUCAGAUCAGCCAACUCUCUGGCGGGCAGCAGCAGCGAGUCUUCCUAGCAAGAGCUUUGGCGCAAGAAGCGGAUCUGUACUUCAUGGAUGAACCCUUUGCUGGUGUGGAUGCCGCAACAGAGAGAGCGAUUGUGCAAGUCCUCAGGAAGCUCAAGGAAAGCAAUAAAACAGUCAUUGUCGUUCAUCACGAUUUGCAGACAGUCCCAGAUUAUUUCGAUGAAGUGAUCCUCCUCAACAUGCGAGUCGUAGCUGCCGGUGAAGUAAGCGAAGUAUUCACGAGCGAUUGCCCGUGCAUCGAGCGGGAGUACUUAGCGGUGCUAGUGCUCUCGUCCAUCCAGAAUCCGUUGGGCACCUCGUCAAUUACUGAAGUUCAUGAUCAGAUGCCGAGCGCGAGCGAGAUACUGCAAUCACUCACAUUCCGAUCAGGGUACAACACAAAUCUUGUGAUCCUUGGGACCACGCUCCUCGGUCUCGCCGCAGGAAUCAUCGGUGUAUUCGCUCUACUCCGGAAGCGAUCGUUGAUGACCGAUGCACUCAGUCACGCAACACUCCCCGGCAUCACAGUCGCAUUCCUCGUUUCGACAGCACUUGGGGUCAAUAGCAAAUCAAUCCCAGUGCUCCUCUUUGGCGCCGCAGCGACCGGGGUCAUUGGGGUCCUUUGUAUUCAAGUGAUUCUUCGUUUCUCACGAUUGCGAGAAGACGCCGCGAUCGGCAUCGUGCUAAGUGUUUUCUUUGGAGCCGGAAUCGUUGGUUUGAGCUACAUUCAAGCGAAUGCAGCUUCGGGAUCCGCCGGAUUAAACAAGUUUAUCUACGGCCAAGCCGCGACCAUGCAGCCACCAGAUGUCUUGCUCAUGGGUGGGAUCGCGGUCGCAGCAAUGCUUGCGACCUUUCUAUUUCUCAAAGAGUUCGCCCUUGUUUGUUUCAAUGACUCAUUCGCAAAGGUCGACGGCUGGCCCGUCAGUGUGAUUGACUUGGUGAUGAUGGGAUUGGUAGUGCUUGUCACAGUCGCGGGGCUUCAAGCAGUGGGGCUCAUCCUUGUUGUCGCGAUGCUCAUCAUCCCAGCAGUCGCUGCGAGGUUGUGGACAGAUCGACUCCUGCAACUGGUGAUCAUCGCGGGACUCAUCGGAGCCGGGAGCGGCUAUCUUGGUUCUGUAAUCUCAGCGCUGCUCCCGCGGAAGCCAGCCGGAGCGGUCAUUGUUCUCACCUGUAGCGGUAUCUUUCUGUUCAGCAUGAUUGCAGCCCCUUCACGAGGGGUCAUCUCCGCAGUUUGGCGCAGGAUUCGGCUCCGGCUUCAAAUCGAAGCGGACCACUUAUUCGAGCACGCGCAUGAGAAUGCCAGGUUUGUCAUCACUCAAGAUGAGCUCAAAGAGCUUUCAAAAUUCAGAGCUUGGUCGCCUGCAUUCCGUUGGGUACUUAUUCGAUUAAUGCUCAGCGAGGGGCAAGUUGUACGAGUGAGCGAGGGCUUAGAACUCACCAGAGCAGGCGCAAACAGGGGGGCACAGGUAAGUCGUAACCACGCUUUGUGGGAACAGUAUUUGAUGAGUUACGCAGAUGUCGCGCCGAGCCAUGUGGAUUGGUCCGUCGAUCAAGUCGAGCAUGUGCUCUCGCAAGAACUGGUCAGCGAACUGUUCGACAUCGGUCUAGAUUUGUUCCCGAUGCUCGCCGCGACGCUUGCGGCGGUAGGGUGCGGAUUGCUGGGAAACUUUCUCGUGCUCCGCAAGCUGAGCUUGAUGGGAGACGCGAUCAGCCACAGCGUGCUCCCAGGACUCGUGAUCGCAUUCCUGAUUGCUUCAACGCGUAGUCCACUGGUCAUGUUCCUUGGAGCGGCAAUCGCAGGUGUCACGACCGUCCUUUUAGUUGAGCUGGUCAAAAAGUAUGCCCGUGUUGAGCCUGGGGCUGCGAUGGGUGUGGUGUUCAGCGCUCUCUUUGCUCUUGGAGUAUUACUGAUCGAACGAGCCGCGGUCCGCCACAUCGAUCUCGACGCGGACUGUGUGCUCCAUGGUCAGCUCGAAACGUUGGUCUGGUAUGGAGCGCCUCAGAAACUCAGUGAUCUGAUCCAGUUCUCGAACUUGAGUGAAGUCCCACGACAGAUUUAUGUACUAUUGAGUAUGGUCGUCGCCGCAUUCAUCUUUGUUGGAUUGUUCUUUAAAGAACUCAGGAUCGCCGCAUUUGAUCCUGCACUUUCGACAACGCAAGGCUUCAAUGCGACACUUCUUCACUACUUACUCAUGAUUUUCGUAGCUGCCGCUACGGUUGCGAGCUUUGAAGCGGUCGGUUCGAUCUUGGUUAUCGCGAUGCUGAUUUGUCCCGCCGCGACCGCUCGGCUUAUGACCGAUCGGCUUCACACUCAGAUAGCUAUGAGUGUUGUUGUUUCAAUCAUCUGCGGGAUAGGUGGUUAUGUCGCAGCUACGGCAGUUCCCGCGGUGUUUGGGAAGGACGCUGUCAAUGCCGCAGGAAGCAUGUCCGUGGUCGCCGGAUUGAUCCUCGCCAUUGCGAUCAUUGGUGCUCCGAAACACGGAUUGAUCACACGCAUCAUCCGUCGAAAGAAACUCGCACUUAGAAUCGCCAUCGAUGAUGUGCUCGCCACGCUGUAUAGAGCAGAAGAAUCAGGACAAAAUGUGACAAUCAGAUCGCUCAAGCAAAUGCUGAUCGGCCGUUCUGUGGAUUCGGCUAUUGCAGCAGCCCUUCGCAAAAAGAUGCUUUUGCAAGAUCAGUCACAACUGAGCCUUACGCAGUCAGGGAGGGACACGGCAUCCGCUAUCGUUCGCAAACACCGCUUAUGGGAGCAUUACCUCGUCGCGAACGCAGGAUUCGCUCCGGAUCAUGUUCACGAUACAGCUGAGCAACUCGAGCAUCUCAAGACACAGCCCCCCGCCGGACCGACAACAGAUCCGCACGGCAAGUCAAUUCCCUGA